GCUAGUGAAGGAGAAGCCGGAGAAGAAUGAAGAAGUCAACCUGAUCCAGUUUUGGAAAAACCACAAGGGAUGUCUACGAGAAGAAGCAACGAUGAAGUGUGGCAUCAACAGCAUUGACAAGCUUGAUGCAGUGCUUUCCUUUCUGGGUGUGGGGAAAGAAGAAAUUCCAGGGUGUCCUCCCCUGAAAGACUUUGAAGAGUUGCUGAAGAAUAUUGGAGAUGGACAGUCACUUCGAAAAUGUAAUGGUCACAGCUCUUCCAGUGACAAAGUUCAACUCAUGGCAUGGACACUGAAAGAGGCCUUGGCAGAGCGCGACCGCCAGGCUUUGUCACACGCUGAGACCAUUUCUUUGGCUCGGGAUGCCAGGCAUAAUCGGCUUUUAGUCCGAUUUGCUUGUGUUGACUCAAAGUUUCAGACGCACACGGGCGUCGUUGGCCUGAUCAAGGACAGUGGUGACAGGGCUGGGCAAGUGGUUGGUGCAACGCGUGAGGCCUUGAAGCGCCUUUGCACCCCCAAUGACAAGCCACCUCGAUGGUAUUGUGGUCCAGCAGCAACCCAUGAUGCAGGCUUGAUGAAACAUAUUAUGGACAAGACAGAGUUGAUCACUACAGACGCUGCUGAAAAUGAACUUGUGGCUGGGGACGUUGGAAGGGG